GAUCUCUUUGUCAUGGUUGUGGAGUUCGUCAAAAGCGGAAUAUGAGGCUUUAUUUAAUUGUAUUUGCGGCUGAGAGCUGCACCAAGUCGUAGAGUACUUAGUGAAGAUUGUUAAGAUGAGUGUUUAAAGGGAAUCCGAUUUUCAUCCAGCCCAAAGGAAAAUAAACUUGAAGGUAAAAAUGUCCACCACAGGAACCUCUGCGGCUGCGGCCAACUUCAUCAAAACAUACACCCAUGACCAAUUCAUCAAACCCUCCAAGAAAAUUUAUCAUGCCAAAGCAGACUUGCCUUAUAGCGACCAAAAAUGUUGUGACGUUCAGCUGAGCAAUAAAAUCUUACCACUUGUUGGAAACCUGCAAUUUGAACACCGGGAACCCCUAUCACUUAAAAGCAGCAGUGGAAGCUUGAAUUUCCAGGAGUCUGUCUCGAAGGAAGGAGAAGAACGGGAAUCGAAUGAUUCAAGCUCUGAAGACAGUGAUGAAGUUGACAAUGGCGAUCAAGUCCCAGAACUCCUCCACCCACGCCACAUGUACCAACCUGAUUUGUCAGGAUCUCCAAAGAAGAAUGUCGAGUUGGACAUUGAUAAAAAUGCCCAGGUUUACCUCCAAGGUCGUGGUCAUCGUCGUCGUGCUUCAGCUCCUGUCAACAUAGUCAUGGAGGAUUUAACAGAACAGGAUGAGCCUACAACAGUUCCCGCCGUGUCGAAAGACGAAGGUGAUGUACCUGAUACCCCACUCCGUGUCAUCGAAUUGAUGAAACAGGAGGCUGCCAUCAUGUCGCAAGUCAAACUGCGACGUAUGAAACAUUUAGAAUAUAGGCGUGGUUCUUGUAUGCCUGCCGUGCGGUCGUCACCAGACCUGCAGGGGAUGGUUAAACCAAUUAGCAGUGAACGAGUUCAUCAAGUUAUGAAAACCUUGUUGUAUGGUCCGCAGACCAAGAAGAAACAACAAGAGUUGAGCCACUUCGGAGUCCACGAUCCAGCGGUAAAAUCAUCAAAGAUUGAAAUACCAGUACUUGGUGGACAUGCUGGUAGCCCACCAAGGCAACCAGCUAUUCCAGUUGCUCCACCACCGCCAGAGAUUAUGCCCUCGGCUCUCAUAGGGGAUCAGAAAGAUACCCCUUGCAUUCCAGAGGCUGUACAAGCUCCUGUUGAGUGGGAAAAACCUAAGCUAACUGAAGUGGUUGCUACCAUUCACAUUCAACCAACAGUUAGUCUGCCGAUUGCUGAAGAUUUUGCUGAGGUUACUGCUAGGCGUCAGUCGUCCUUGACGCAAGACUUGGAGGACACUUUCAAAAAGUUGGAUCGAACGAGUGGGGAGUUUUCAGACAGCGGUAGCUUCACGCAAUCUGGUGAGAGUUGUUCUGGUGGUUCUACUAGCUGGUUUGGCGGUCUCAUUGGCUUACGACCAGCCCCAGUGCCACGAAAGCCUGGUGAAGCCAGGCCCGCUCCUGUUAAGAAGAAAGUCAAGAAGAGAGAUUUGAAUGCUUUUGCUCCUGCAGGGUUUUAAAAACAUUGAUGUUAAUAAUACUAUUGGUGAACUUUGAAAUCAGGUGAUGUGAAGUCAAUCAUUUUUAUUCUCGAGGGAAUUUAGAUUGAAAUCAGUGCUAACUUUCAUGACAUGAAGUAUUUAAUUGUGCUGUAGCACAUGAAAAUGGUGCAAACUAAAUUUCGUAAUGGUCUCGUCGAUUGCUAUACCCGAUAGACAUGUCGUUACAUAGAUUCAUUCACAUUCAAUGACUUGUAUUGUCUAAUCUGCUGUGAAUAUGCUUUUUUCAUCUAACAUGUAAUAUCAUACUAACAUGCUUUUUUUAAGCAAAAUGUUGACAGAGCAAAUAUGAGAAUUGUAGUUCAGGGACCUUAUAAACCAUUAACCUUCUAUUUUUGCUACCAUGAAUUAGCCAAAAAUGGAAAGAUUCCAUCAUUGCUUUUUGUGAAAAGUUGUGGCAUUUCUCUUCAUGACAACCAAUUCCAAGACUAAUUUUAUCUUUCUUGGUUUUAAUUUCGUGCUUUUACUGACUUUAGUUGAGAAGGAUUCUUUAUAAAAUGCCUUUCGUAGGCCCUACACAUUUCCCUGCUCAUUAUCAAUUAAUAUAAGCUUUCCAGUGUUUUAGCUGGAAAUCUCAAAGGCAGGAAAAAGGGCACAGACAAAAAUGACCUGCUUCAAAGAAAUGCAUUGGCAGGUCAAGAGAGAAAAGGCAAGGUGUCCUGCUCAAACGCUAUUUUCCUCUGUUCAAUCCCUUGCAAGUGACGGACCAUUGUUUCCCAUGCCAUGUGUAAACCAGUAUACAGUGGAACCUCCCUUAGCGGACACCUCUCUAUUCAGGACAACCUCUCUAAAAGGACACUAGUUUUGGUCCCAAAUUGAUUGUUUCCAUUGAAAAUGACCUCUCUCAUCAGGAUACCUCUCUAUUGAGAACAGCACUUGUCAGUCCCGAGGGUGUCCUUAAUAGGGAGGUUCUGCUGUAGUUCCAUACUUAUGUUAGGUGGCUGAUCUGUGUACAGUCAUAGCUUCCUAGACAUCUACAAGAACAGUUAGGUCAUGUUGUUGAUGUUCCUCUGCUCAGCAAGUGACGUCAAUGCCGCCACAUUUAUUGAUUGAACAAUGCUUACGCAGCUAUCCAGGUCAAGGUUAAUCUUUUUAUCUGCCUCUGCUACAUUGAGGUAAAUAUUUCUGGAAUGAGCCUCAUUGUUUAUGAACCAAUUUAAAGGUCAUUGCAAGAAUAUUCAUAAGUUGCGGGGGGGGGGGGG